UUUUUUUCUGGGAAUAGGUGGCUUGGCGAGGGAGGAGAGGAUGGCGGCGGCAGGGGGAAGGCGCGGAGGGCAGCGCGCUGUCCGCCUGCCCGAGGGGAGGCAGCGGAAGGGCGCUGCGGCUUCCCUGAGGAAGCGAGGGACGGCGAGGCAGGAAAUAACGCUGAAGUUCGGGUCGUGAGGCGCGAAGGACGAUGAAGUUAAGGUUGCAAGGCGCGAAGGACACUGAAGUUCGGUUUGCGAGGCGGUAAAUACGCUGAAGUUCAGGUUGUGAGGUGGGAAAUAUGCUAGAGUUCGGGUUGUGAGGCGGGAAGUACGCUGAAGUUCAGGUUGAGAGGCACAAAGGAUGCUGAAGUUCAGGUUGUGACGCGGGAAACAUGGUGCAGUUCAGGUUGUGAGGCAAAAAAUGGGAAGUUCGGGUCGUGGGGCGGGAAAUACAGUGAAGUUCAUGUUGUGAGGCAGGAAGGAUGCUGAAGUUCAGGUUGUGAGGCAGGAAGGAUGCUGAAGUUCGGGUUGCAAGGCGGGAAAUACACUGCAGUUCGGGUUGUGAGGCGAGAAAUAUGGUGAAGUUUGGGUCGUGAAGUGGGAAAUACGCUGCAGUUCGGGUUGCAAGGCGGGAGGGAUGCUGAAGUUCAGGUCAGCAUCGCCAAAUGGCCCUUGUGCGGCCCUUCUCCGUAGCAUCGGGCUUGUUUGCAGAGUCCUUCAUGGUUGAAAGAAGCAGCAGAGGGGACUGCCACACUCAGAAGAGGCACGGAACAGUCUUAAAAGUGAGGAGAGUGUGGUGGCCUUGGCCCAGUUCUGCGCAGAGUGUCCUCAGGUGCAGGUUGGGAGGGCCCUUCCUUCUUCCAUGGUGCUCCUGGAGCUCACCAAGCCCCUCGGCUCCUCUGCAUCCUCAUCAGAUCUAGGCAGCGGGUGCUUGCCAAGCUGCUCACAAACACACAUCUCAUAUCCUGGUACGAUUUCCCUAGAACAUGUAAUCUUUAGUUCACAAGGAAGCUGGAACACGCCAGUGGUAGGUGUCUGCUGUCAGCACAAAUCUGAGCACACGAAGAAUUUCUGCUGUGGGUACGGAUGCAGUGAUGGAGUGGCAAAUCCCGCCCGCGAUUGGCUGGAUCUGCUGCUCGUCACGCUGCCAGGCAGGGCACGGGUGCCCAGCUGCCCGCUGGACCAGAGGAGCAGAUGUGCCUGGUGUGGAGGGACUGGCUCUCUUCCCAAUGGAAAGAAACGCUGCCGUGAGGUUCCUACUGCUUUUUUUGUAUGUGGGAUUCGCGGUGUCUAUGGAGCAAGUGAUUGCAACAGCGGAUGGCAGUUCACGUGCAUUUUCAGAUCAAGAUUCUCUGCAAAGAAACGGUCAACAUUAUAAUGGUGGUGUGAAGCCAAAAUUUAAUGUAAAUCAAGUAGCAAUUACACAGGUUGUCAGCUACAACUUGAGCAGGAAAGGACGGUGGGAAAGAGUAUCCUGGAGGCCGUUUACCCACAGCCACUACAGCCCUCUGAACGUCACGGUUAAUGGCAUCCCCUGCAUUCUCUUCUGGGCCAAGAGGAUCAUGAUUAAAUUUGAAAACCACAUGCCGCUGGAUUUGACAGAGAAGACAUUUGGUGUCCAUGCAACAGUGGAUGUUGGAGAUUCAAACUGCAGUGAAGACAGUGCGAUGCUUUCUCUGAAGUUUGGUGACAUUGGCAAUCUAAAGGGACUUGUUAUUAGAUUUUUAUUAACAGCCAGCUAUUACCAGCUGUCUGUUCAGAACUGGUUCGGUUUACACAGACUGCAACUUCUUUACAACCACUCCAUACAAGCGACGUUUAAUGCAACCAGAAUAUAUGCACCGGCAAGCUACUCCUACCACUGUGAACAUGUGAGCAGCUUGCAGAGAUAUGAUGCACUCCUCAUACCCAGCUCUGCAAAUGAUCUUUCAAAGCUUUGGGAAGUCACUUUUAUUGAUUUCCAGAUUCAAGGUUUUAAGAUUCAAGAAGGACAUUUUGCCUAUGCAAAAGACUGUGCAUCCUUCUUCUCUCCAGCAAUACUUAUGGGAUUGGUUAUGUCGCUGAUUCUGCUGCUGGUUCUUGCCUAUGCUCUUCAUAUGCUGAUCCAUCUGAAAUCUCUUGACAGGCACUAUGAAUGCAAAACUUCUUCUGCCUGUUUUUCACAGAUGCAAGACAGUGACAUGGGGGAUGAGAAAGAGCCACUGAGAAGCAGUGGAAAUGAGUCCUAUGAACUCAGAAACCAACAGUUCUAUAAAAUCUAUAUUUAGUAGUAUACAUCUGUCUCAGUGAAACAAAUGGUGUUUUCUUCUGCUGGCACUGUUGUAUGUAGUUUGUGCAGAUUUUUCACCAACUGAUGAAAGGAAAAGUAGAUAACAGAC